AUGGCGGACUCUCACAGCUCCCCAUGCCACUGCGCCCAUGCCGCGCAGAAGCUGGCCGUCUUCGCCGCCUCCAUCGCCAUUUUCUCGCUCCUGUGGGUCGCCUGCGCCACCGUGUACGUCGUCUACGUCCAGCACGAGUUCGACCGGCAGCUGGCGGAGGUUCGCCUCGGCUGUACCCCUCCUGACACCCCGCCGGUGCCGACUGGACCGCUCCCCGACGUGGCGGCCUCCUGGGAUGUCGAGCGCGGGAACCGCGAAGUCGAAGGCUUCGUUUUUGAAGUGAUGGCCACAGAUAGCGAAGAACAUACGGACUACCAAGAUGCUGAGGAGGAAGAUGAGAAUGAGAUGGUUCAGAGUUUGGUCCGCCGGUCGGCAGAAGGUGCCGAGGCGCCCACGGAGGUGUCCGGGAAGAAGAAGAAACAGCGGCGGUGUAAGAUGGGAUGCGCAGGUACGCUCCAGGCUUCUCAAGUCCACCUGGCCCAAAGGGAGAUCCAGGAAAAACUGGAAGGCGUGGCCGAAGGGGCUUACAAGGUCCACCUGGCAUACCCGGUGCCCCCGGCUUACCUGGAGAAGUUGGCCCAGCUGGACCAGUGGGACCGGAGGGGGCAAAAGGAGAGGUCGGACCACCAGGGGCGAGGGGUGAACCAGGGGUGCCCAAAACAGAUACGUCCUCCUCAGUUAUCCAUGUGCAAGGUGCGGUUGACUCUGCCAUUUCUGCUGGGGCAAGACAAAACAAAGGAGAAGUCAGACUGGAUGAAAGUAACUGGAAAAAUGCAGUACUGGCAGCAGGCGGUGAACACUGGCGGGUACACACUACACGAUAACGGGGAGAUAGAAGUACACGAGGACGGGUACUACUUCAUCUACAGCCAGGUGUUAUAUUACGACGCCUCAGCCUUCAUGGGCCACUAUGUCAUGGUCAAUGGCAUGAGUUUCUUACGCUGCACCGCGACGACGGUCUCUCCCGAACUCAAGUACAACACGGGCUACGCCGCUGCCGCAAGACGGCUACAGGCCGGAGACAGGGUCUAUGUCAAGAUCGCGUAUCCAAACCGCAUCAUCGACAUGCAUGCAGACAGCACCUACUUUGGGAUGUUCAAGUUUAGCGAUUAGAGAGUCUUUAGAUGAUCAUAUAGAGUUUAGGAAGACUAACUCCUCCUUGCCACUACAGGCUGCAAUUGCUAAGGAACUGAGGAGCAACAAACUUCUGAUCAUAAACAAAUUUGAUAGACAAAGAACAAGGUUUUGUAUAUUUUUUUCUGUUUUGUGGUCUUUAAGUUAAACUUUUGCAUUGUACAUCAUCGUAAAUGAUAAAAUCAAUGAUCACACAAGUCCAAAGUUUUGUUGCUCAAAAGUUGCUCUGCGAUUGCUGUCUUGUGGAAAGAGGGCCUAAGACAAGAUGAAACUCAA